UGUUGCGUUUACGCGCAUUCGCCCCAGAACUCUCGGAUUCCACUUGCUUCCAGUCUCUGCUACGGCGCAGCCUCCAGUCCUUCGGUUCAUUGGCAUCCACCUCUACCUCAGACAUCGCCAUCAGUACUCGCCGUCGUACCGGUCUUCUCCGGCUCUUCAGAAUAAGCCAAUAAAGAAUGGGUGACAAGAAGAAGAAGGCUCAGAUGUUUGUUCGGCUUGUUUCGGCUGCUGGGACCGGAUUCUUCUAUGUCAAGAGGAAACCCAGGACCUUUACAGAGAAGCUCGAGUUUCGAAAGUUUGACCCUAGGGUUAACCGUCACGUUCUGUUUACAGAGGCAAAAAUGAAGUGACAAAGGCACCUUCCAUGUCUGUUAUCCAUUCUGCCUCUUCUCCUUUGAAUUCAGAUUGAGUUUGAGUUCUUGUUAUUGCCUAUUUAUGCCAAGGGGUUUCCACUUUUCGUUGCUUGAACUUAAACUUACAUCGUAUCUGCUUUGUGAUGCUGCUCUCUCUUCUCCCAUUUUAACGAGUAAAAUAUGGCAAGUGUCUAGACAACAAUCAUACGCCAGAUUGAUCCACGGAUUACAGAUUGUACUAUUUAGAUUACUCUUACAGUAGGUGUCACAUUAAUUGUGGCUCUUUUAAUAUAUUGAUAUCUUUGAGUUGCUGCUUUUCUCUUA